UCUGUUUUCGUCGAAGGAAUUUUCCUAUUUCCAUAGGUUUUAAGGAGAAAAUUAAUGUUUGAAAAUUUUUAGGAGGUGUACCAGGUUUUUGGAGAUUGUUCUGUUAAAGCAAAGCGGCAAGGAAAACGACGCCUCGAAGCAACAGAAUAGGAAAUCAACCAUGCGAACUCCGUGUUUCCCCGGCAAAACCUGGCGCAUGCGUAUGCGUUAUUCAGCUCUGUCUAUUUUUAACGCGUUGAUCUUCGCGUCUUCGAUUUCUCCGGAAAUACCUAUAGAGAGGCUCUUCUAUGGGACCGAAGCAGAACAACGUCAUCACGAGAGCUGACUAUUUGCCUUCCGUAGUCCUCUUGUAGUAAUCAAGUUGUAGUCAGCAGGCUUGCUGAAAAUUAAUUUGCGUUGAUUCCUCUCCUCAAAAACUCAAGCCUUUGGGAUUAAGACAGGAUACUGACCCAUAUUAUUUUGUAGCUUCUUCAGUAAUGGCCGUGGUUCCUCCAAAGACAGCGAUUGGAUGCUCAGAGUUAGGAAAGGAGCACACCUUAGGAAAAGAGAAUGAGUUUGUAAAAAUAUGUAUGGAAAAUGGGAUUUAUAGUUUUGACACAGCUCUCAUGUAUGCUGGUGGAAAGAGUGAGGAGGUUAUGGGAAAUUUAGAUAAUCUGAGAGAUCCCAAGGUAUUUAUUGCCACGAAAGCUAAUCCCUGGAAUGGAAAAGAUUUGAAGUAUGACAGUGUGCUGGAACAACUAAAUAAAUCCCUCAGAAGUUUGAAAAGAGACUCUGUGGACUUAUUUUACCUCCAUGCACCAGACCAUAACACACCCAUCGAGGAGACACUGGAAGCUGUCAAUCAACUUUAUAAAGAGGGAAAAUUUAAAGCUUUUGGACUUUCCAAUUAUGCUGCAUGGGAAGUGGCAGAAAUUUAUUACCUUUGUAAGACGAAGGACUAUCUUCGACCAACAGUGUAUCAAGGGAUGUACAAUUCUGUCACAAGGGAUAUUGAAAGAGAACUUUUUCCUUGCCUGAGAAAAUUUGGUUUGGCUUUUUAUGCGUACAACCCGCUUGCAGGUGGAAUACUAACGGGAAAGCAUCGUUAUGAAGACAGAGAAAAAGGCAAGAUUCAGGAUGGCCGCUAUGCUAACCCAGGCAUUUGGACCGAUGCUUACCUGAAGCGCUAUUGGAAAAAGCCGUUGUUUGAUUUACUUGACAAACUCAGAACAACACUGGAUCAUAUUUAUGGUAAAGGAAAAGUUUCCUUGGUAGACGCGUCCCUCAGAUGGAUGUACCACCACUCGAAGAUGGAUGGCGCUUAUGGAGAUGCUGUAAUUGUUGGAGCUUCGUCUGCGAAACACUUGGAGGAAAAUCUGAAGAGUACAAAACACGGGCCCCUACAUGAGGAUGUGGUCAAAGUAUUCGAAGAGGCCUGGGGCCAAAUUAAAUCCGACUGUCCUGAUUAUUUCCGCUGACGUGACCAACUGAAGGCUCCUCAAGAGAAGUUUCCAGAAAGGAAUGUCAUGGCUGGCAUAAAUGGGACCUGAAAGGGAAUAUGAAGAAAUCAAAUUUCCAAGACAAAACUAUAAGCUGUAAAGCUUUGUACUUUAAAGCCUUCGCUUUGAGGAGUAAAAGUAAAAUCUCUCUUUCAAAAAGAUUCUCGCCUUAUGUCUGAGUGGAUAAAGAUGUCCAGGGUAGUUUUAAAUAUAUUGAAAGGCAAUUUUAGCGGGAUGACUACCAGAAACUCGUGCAAGUAAUUGUCACCAGUGAGAGAAGUGGUGGGACUUUUUUUUUCUUUUGAUCACUCAUUAAGUGAAUAAAAGCCAGAAAUCUUUUAAA